CCGAACAGCUGUUUUAUGCACAGCGUUGCCACAGUCUGCAUCGGCGUGUAUUUUGCUCUCUAGCUACGCAAUCUGGCAAGGCGGGCCCAUGCAUACCAGCCCUGACACUGGAUAUUUAUGGAACCUUGCGCGCAAAGCUGAGACAAUAUUUAAAUUUGAGUUAUAUUUGUUGCCAUAAAUAUGUCCGCCUUAACUAUUAAUCAAGUGCAAUAUGUGUCUUCGUUGCAGUGCUAUGUUUGUGUUAUAAAUAAAGCAAGCGAAUUGCAAAAGCAACAACAGCUGUUCCUACAACAACCUCCACAACAACAACAACAACAACAGUCGACUGAUGCAGAUGACAACAAGGAGCUUGAGCCCACAGCGUUUGACACGCCCAAAAUUAUCUGCAGAGGCUGUAAAAUGCAACGGUACUGUAGCCUGCAACAUCUGGUCGAGGAUCAAGCACAUCGUGACUUUUGUCGAGUGCUCAUUGAUCUGCAAAAGUCGCAAAACAUUGCACAUCCCCUGCUUCUAGCCGGCCCGCUCCUUGGACGCGCCCAACUACAGCAGGCCAUAGCUCAACUUAUGCUGGCGGUCCGUGUCAAGCUGCGGCGUCUGUUGACGCGUCGCGAAUGCGAACUUAUUGGCUAUCCCGGCUUUUGUGUGGUCUGCUAUCGCCUAGAGCCGCUAACAGCUUGCACGGGCUGCGCGGGCGUCGCCUACUGCUCCGCGGAGCAUCGACGCUUGGAUUGCUGCAAUCACACGCCGGCCGUGUGCCGGACCUUGGCACUCUACUAUUCACCCUACCGACUGUUGUCCAAUAAGCUGGAUAUUGUGCAGCUGAAGCAGCGCAGUGACUUGGAGCACAGCCAUUUGGUGGAAGCGUUUUACGCUGCCACAGAAAUUCGAAUUGAUAGCCAGCCUUGGCGCUCCUUAGAGCAGUAUGAACGCUUUGCCGCUUGCUCCUCGUUCAGCGGCAUUGCCAGCCUCUGCUUGGCGCUUACCCAUAUAUCCUUUGUCGCCGCGCCUCGUGAGAUUCUCAGCGUUUAUGUGGUGGGCGCCCAGGACCUGCAUCGGAGCUACUUUCAACAAAUGCAUCUCAAGUUCUUCUUUUUGCAAUAUCCAGAUAUCUGCCAGCUGGAAGUGUACUUUAUUGGGCACAAGCUGCUGGCCCGAGCUGGCGAGGAGGUGCUCACAUUUAUGCAAGGGGGCUGCCAACGUAAAGUCGUCCUGUGCACAUUUCCAAAAACUUUCGAGCGCUUUGCCAAGACACAUAAAGUAGAUCCCGUGCUGAUUAUUAUAUAUAAUCCCGAUUUCGCUGCAAUGGACACUCUGACAGAAGGAAUCGUGGAACGGAAAUAUCCGCAUGCUGUACAGCCAUCGGAGCAGGAUGACUAUAGCUGGCAUGGCUGCCUCUUGGAGACUCUCUACACCUAUGGCGUCCCAAUUUGUUUUACCUCGCCCACUAAGAUGCAGGCGCGUUCGGAUCUCAAUUGUGUUAAUGUGCUGGCCAGAGGUCAUAAAAUUGCCAUUCAACGCGUCUACAAUUGCACAGAGAAUCCAUAUCGCGAGAUAUUACCUCAGCACAAUCCGUGUCCCGAUGACGACGAAACCGUUAUUUAUGCAAAUAACUAUUUGGAAGUUGUUUUUACAAGCAUUCAAUGCUAAAACCUAAUAACUUAGACUUAUUUAUGUAUAUGGCGGCACAGACCUAAAUACUAGUCCUAAAGCUUUACGGUAUUAAUAACAGACCUUUUCUGACGUAUAAAAGUUAUAAGUAUUCGUUUUAACUUAUAAGUAUUCCUUAGUUUUUCUUAUAUGUACACAUUUAUUUAUAAGUAAGGUUUAAAGUUUUUUUUUUCAUUU